AUGCCUGUCCAGCCUCCAAGCAAAGACACAGAAGAGAUGGAAGCAGAGGGUGAUUCGGCUGCUGAGAUGAAUGGGGAGGAGGAAGAGAGUGAGGAGGAGCGGAGCGGCAGCCAGACGGAGUCAGAAGAGGAGAGCUCUGAGAUGGAUGAUGAGGACUAUGAGCGGCGCCGCUGUGAGUGUGUCAGUGAGAUGCUGGACCUAGAGAAGCAGUUCUCGGAGCUAAAGGAGAAGCUGUUCAGGGAACGACUGAGUCAGCUGCGGUUGCGGCUGGAGGAAGUGGGGGCUGAGAGAGCCCCUGAAUACACAGAGCCACUUGGGGGGCUGCAGCGGAGCCUCAAGAUUCGCAUUCAGGUGGCAGGGAUCUACAAGGGCUUCUGUCUGGAUGUGAUCAGGAAUAAGUACGAGUGUGAGCUGCAGGGAGCCAAACAGCACCUGGAGAGUGAGAAGCUGCUGCUCUACGAUACGCUGCAGGGGGAGCUGCAGGAGCGGAUCCAGAGGCUGGAGGAGGACCGCCAGAGCCUGGACCUCAGCUCCGAGUGGUGGGACGACAAAUUGCACGCCAAAGGCAGCUCCAAGUCUUGGGACUCCCUGCCGCCCAGCAAGAGGAAGAAGGCACCUCUUGUUUCUGGCCCGUACAUCGUGUAUAUGCUACAGGAGAUCGACAUCCUGGAGGACUGGACAGCUAUCAAAAAGGCUAGGGCAGCUGUGUCCCCUCAGAAGAGAAAAUCGGAUGGACCAUGACCCUGCUGUUCACAGCCAGGGGACCCUCAGAGCCGCUGGCACGGCACCCAGGAUUCUCAUCUUCCUGCCACAGACAGGUGGACCCACAGGCCCCUCAGUGUCCACCCAGCCAGGCUCGUGGUGCUGCAGGGCCCUCCCCCCUCCCCGCCCCAGCUGGCACUGGACUCCUCUGCCCUCCUUGAGGCCUGCACAGCUGUGGCCGUGGAGCUGACCUGGCCAGUCAAAGCUGUUGUCUCCUGAGCCUCCUCCCACUCCUGAAGAUCCACCUCUUAGGGCUCCCCUGACAGAAGACAGCUGAAGUCGAAGCCACAUCCUCCUGCUGACCUUGGAUGCAGGCAGGCUCCCCGGCCUCUAGGCCAGGAAGCCAGGCCCCACUGGCGGGAACUCUGAGUCAGACGUGGUGUCUGGAGGGCUGUCCACCCUGGCUGGAGCUGGAGGCAAGAAGCCAGGCCCCUAGGUUUUCUCAGGGCAGUUCUUGGUGUCUGCCUCCCAGAUUUCAAGGACUGGAAUUAAAACCUUUCCUGGAACUCUUGA